AUGACUAUAAAAAUGGUUGCUGCAAUCAAAGUCCGAUUGCAUUCUUCAGACACAUUCGGUGAGUCAAGCAAUAGACUAUCAAAGCGAUCACCCGUUCAAUUACAAGGAGAUAUUUCCAGUUGUUACCGUAUGAAAUUCAAUAUUGCUGGUGUUGAUUUGGAUUUGAAGGUAGACUCGAGGAUUUCUGAUUCGAUUGUGCCUCUUCCCAAUCUGAACAACUAUCAAGGACCCACUUUGUCGUAUCCUGAACAUGCCGAUGCCGUUACGCUGAAGUAUGAUGGUGGUGCUAGUGCUAAAGGACACGGAUUUUUGACUACCGUGAGUAUUCCAGAAACCACAAUAUCCAUUAAAAGUGCUCCAGUAGUAGGAAUUUCUGAACAAUCGGAAAACCCAGUCAUUAUUGAUGGCAACCCCAAUCAAGGAGUGUUUAGUUUUGCAUACCCUUCUAUAGCAAUGUACCAUGCAAAACCACCAACCAUAAUGGAUGCUAUUUACGAGAGUGGGGCUGUCCCAAACAAUGAAGUUGCUAUGGAACUAUGUCCUUAUGGACUGUCUGAAAAAAGCUACAUUGAUAUAGGAAACACAGAGACAGACCCAAAAUGUGACACAGAUGGACAACCUGUCAUAUGGGUACAAUCACCAUCACGCGAUCGCUUCACUGUCAACAUCAAGGAAAUACGAAUCGAUAACAAGGCAAGAAGAUUGCCCAGUGAGUUUCAAGUAAAGGAGUCGGAAGAUAUAUGGCAUCCGUAUUCAUUUAUUAGCACGUGCAGUAAGUAUAUCAGUCUCCCUCGUAAAAUCGUGGAUAAACUGAUUAGAGCGAUUGGUAAAAGUGGUGCAUUUAAGCCCAAGCUUACCAAAGAUGAUAUCAAAAAAUUCUUUGAGAAAAAGCAAACCAUUAAAGUGCCAGACCACAUUAUUGAUUGGAAAAAACUACCCAAGCUUUCGUUUGUGAUGUAUACUGAAACUUCAAAAACGGGAAAAGCUUCCCGUUCUAGUGUAGAGAUUACACUGGGUGGCAGAGACUAUAUCCAACAAGUUGGCGCUGAAGAAUAUCAAUUCUUUGUUGAUGUUGGACGAAAUAAGCGCGUAGUUCUUGGUACACCUUUUAUGCUCCGAAUGCGAGUAGUGUUUGAUCGAACUAACCAGCGCAUUGGAUUUGGACCUGGAUGUGGAUGUGAGAAUUCAGCUGAUGGAUAUCCUAUCAUUUCAAGCAAUAGCCAAGUGCUCUGGUCUCCAAGACCGAAAAAGUCUAGUUUCAGACAAAGUUCUUAUCGAAAACUGAGUAAAUCCUAA